AUGGCUGAACCCCUGUCUGGCCGCUUCGACAGCUUGGUGUACCUGCUGAACCGCGAGCAGCACACGGUGGGCCAGAGGACGCAGGCCAGCAAGCCCAGCAUCAGCCUCUCAGCCCCUGACAUCCUCCCCCUGCACUGCACCAUCAGGAAGCUCCGACCUUCCCGCCAUCGCUCGGAGGAGAAGCUGGUGCUGGAACCCAUCUCCGGAGCUGGCAUCUCCAUCAACUUCGCCCAGGUGGCCCAGACGGUGGUGCUGAGGCACGGGGACCUCCUCUCCUUGGGGCUCUACUACCUGCUCCUCUACAAGGACCCCAUGAAGGCGCAACCGCUGCCAGCGCAGACUCUGCUGAGGCUGCGAGAGCGGACGCGGGAGCUGGCUGAGAAGCAGUCCCAGCACCAGGACCCUGCCACCCUGUCCCGCUUCACCAUCACGGACCUUCUCCCAGACCUGCAGCACAUCCUCUUCUGGAUGGCCAACGCCAUCGAGGUCCUCUACUUCGUCCAGCAGAAAUCACCCACCUACAUCCAGAGCAUGGAGGAGGAGCUGGACGUGAGAGGCUCCAAGGAGUCUCUCUUCUCCUCAACCAUCACGGCCAGCGAGGAGGCGAUGACGGUGCUGGAGGAGGUGAUCAUGUACACCUUCCAGCAGUGUGUCUACUACAUCUCCAAGUGUCUGUACGUGUCCCUCCCUGCCCUGCUGGAGUGCAACCCCUUCCAGAACGAGUGCCGGGAGAGCUGGCGGGCGUCCCCCCCGCUGCCCGAGGAGCUCCGCAGGGUCGUCCUCAUCUACCAGGCCACCCUGGACCUGCUCCGCCAGUACGAAGUGCACCCCGAGAUCACCUCCCAGAUGUUCGCCUACCUCUUCUUCUUCUCCAACACCCUGCUCUUCAACCAGCUCCUGGACAAGGGCUCCUCUCUCGGCUGCUUCCACUGGUCUCAGGGGGUGAAGCUGCGGGCCAGCGUGCGGCUGCUGCUGGAGUGGCUGCGUGGGGCCGGCUUCGAGCAGUUGGCCCAGCAGUUCUUUGCCAAACUCGCCAGCGUGGCCAACCUGCUGGCCAUGCCCGGCUCCCAGCUGGUCCAGAUGUCCUGGCCAUCCCUACGAGCCGAGUUCCCUGCGCUGAGCCCCGCGCAGCUCCACCGGGUGCUGAGCCAGUGCCAGGCCGUGAUGGACGUGGGCUGCAUCGCAGCGUGGCAGCCCGGCGAGGAGGAGAGCUCAGCCACCUUCCAGCCCGAUGAGGUGCUGGAGUCCUUCGACAACCACCCGCCCAUCAUCCUGCCCAGUGGGGGCUUCAAAGUGGACCUGGAGGUGGAGACGUUGGACGACAACAUCUACCGGCACCUCCUUUACAUCCGCCACUUCCUCUGGAGCCUGCAGAGCAAGAGCCCCCACGCCGGCGAGGGGCCAUGCUCGGCACCCCCAAAGAAAGAGGCAUGUGCAACGCCAGAAGUCCUGGAGGUGAGCGAGAGCCCGGCCACCGUCCUGGGGAACAUCAUCACCCAGGAGGACUUCUGCUCCCUGGGGGGCUGCACUGAGCCAGAGGCAGAAGGUGCCCCCCCACUCUGCUUGGCCACCAACGGCUGCCCCUACGAGCCCCCCACCGGCGAGCCCCAGCUCCAGGAGAAGCUGAAGCAGCUGCAGCUGGGCAGGGGUCCGGCCCCCAAGGCUGGCACGGCCCCCACAGACCCCUCCUGCCUGCUGACACCCCCCACCACCCCCCUGAACUUCGACUCCGGGAGCCCAGAGUCCCCACAAGGCACCGGCAAAGGGCUGCAGGACCCCCGGAGGAACGGGAUGAACGGCACCAAAGGCAGCACCCCCGAAGGAUGCUCGCCCACCCCCUACGACUACCCCACGCCAGAGUCUUCCAGCCGCAGCUCUGCCACCGAUGACUUCUGCUACGUCUUCGUGGUGGAGCUGGAGAGAGGACCCAUCGGGCUGGGGAUGGGGCUGAUCGACGGCUUGCACACUCCUCUCUGCUCCCCGGGGAUCUACAUCCGCACCCUGAUCGAGGACAGCCCCGCGGCCGCCGACGGCAGGCUCUCCAUCGGGGACCGCAUCCUGGCUGUCAACGGCACCAGUCUCAUCGGGGCAGACUACCAAAGCGCUGUGGACCUCAUCCGCUCCGGAGGGAAGAAGCUGCGGUUUCUGGUGGCCAAAUCGGACAUGGAAAUAGCCAAAAAAAUCAGUUCCACCUCCUCUUCCUCCUAGUCCUUGUGGUACAAGGGUCCUUCUGCAGCAGCUCGUGGGUGCAGCUCUGGUUAAGGCUGACCUUGGGGAGCCUGGAGCACAAGAGGGAGGACCAGGACUCCACAACUGCCCUCAAUUUGCUUUUUGACACCUUGGCCCGGUUCUGCAGUGGAUGAAAGGACAGGCAAGGGUGGUACACGCUUCUCCCACCACACUGGCUGGGAGCAUCAUUCCUGAUCAAUUGCCUGGCCUCAUUUUAUACCCUAUGUUGUCCUUCUGAGGAGCUUUCCUGUUCCUUCAUCCCCUCUGGCAGGGGGUAAGAAGGGAGUGCUCCCCCAACGAGGGGCU